AUGCUUCGCACACUGGUACCUCGUGGUCGCCUUAUCAGACGGUUGGCGACUGGUUUACCAACUACAAAAACUUCAAUACUUUCCAAUGGACUAACCGUGGCUACGGAAACGAUACCCAACACUUCAAGCGCCACCGUCGGUAUUUUUGUUGACGCUGGUUCCAGAGCUGAAAAUGUCAAAAAUAAUGGAACAGCCCAUUUUUUGGAGCAUUUGGCUUUCAAGGGAACUAAAAACCGCACGCAGGUGGGCAUUGAACUGGAAAUCGAAAAUAUAGGAUCGCACCUUAACGCCUACACCUCUAGGGAAAAUACUGUUUACUAUGCCAAGACUUUAAGGCAGAAUAUUCCAAAUGCCGUAGAUGUUCUCAGCGACAUUUUGACCAAGUCUGUGCUCGACAAAAGUGCGAUCGAGAGGGAGAGAGACGUCAUCAUUCGCGAGAGUGAAGAGGUAGACAAAAUGUACGACGAGGUGGUUUUCGACCAUCUGCACGCCAUUACUUACAAAGAUCAGCCUCUAGGGCGCACCAUCUUGGGCCCAAUCGAAAAUAUUAAAACCAUACAGCAACGUGAUUUGCAGGAAUAUAUCUCUACCAACUACAAAGGCGACAGAAUGGUUCUAGCCGGCGCUGGAGCAGUUGAUCACGAUGAACUGGUGAAGGCAGCUGAAACGUUUUUUGGUCAUAUUCCCAAAUCAUUAUCCCCGGUGCCUUUGGGCUCACCUCGGGGCCCUUUACCUGUGUUCUACGGGAACGAACUCAAGAUCCAGGAGGACACAUUGCCUACAACUCACAUUGCACUAUCGGUCGAAGGCGUUUCUUGGUCCGCUCCUGAUUACUUCACCGCUCUUGCCACUCAGGCAAUUGUAGGAAACUGGGACAGGGCCCUUGGAACCGGUACCAAUUCGCCCUCACCUCUAGCAGUAGCAGCAUCGAACAGUGGUACCUUGGCCAAUUCAUACAUGUCAUUUUCUACCUCUUACGCCGACUCCGGUCUAUGGGGUAUGUACAUCGUUACCGAUUCCAAGGAACACAACAUCAAGAUAAUAAUUGACGAGGUGCUCAAAGAUUGGCAAAGAAUUAAGAGCGGCAACAUUUCUGAUGAAGAAGUAAAGCGCGCCAAGUCACAGUUGAAGGCCUCAUUACUUUUGUCUUUGGAUGGCUCGACUGCUAUUGUUGAAGACAUCGGACGGCAAAUCGUAACCACGGGAAAGAGACUGUCUCCAGAGCAGGUAUUCGAACAAGUUGAUCGGAUUACAAAGGAUGACAUCAUAACUUGGGCCAACUAUAGGUUAAAAAACAAGCCUAUUUCUAUUGUUGCGCUCGGAAACACGGUGACUGUUCCAUCUUUGAAAGAAAUCGAGAGAGGGCUCAACGUAUAG